UCAACCUUACUCACACCACAAACACUCUCAACGAUACCAUGUUGUCUUGUGCAUCUCUAAGAAAAUCCUCGCCGUCCAUCUACCAAGUUGUUGCACUUCACCGCUUCAAUACUCGACAUUUAUUCAACCAAUCACAAGCCUCCACCUCAUCAUCAUCCUCGCCGUCUUCGUUGUCAUCGUCACCGGGCUCGUUUCGUGGGUCGGGCUACGAUGACAGCAAGAGUAGAGGGUCGGGUUUUAGUUUGUUUGUGAGAUCAGUCUCUGCAGGGCUUGUGAUUGUUGGUUCCAGCUUAGGAUUUUGCCAAUGGUUUUCUUCUCCUUCUUUGAAUACGAAUUCCUUUCUAUCUUUUUCCGAUUGGCCUAAAGAUACGACAUGGGCACCAAAUCAUGAUGACCCAUUUCGACAUUCAAAGGCUGAAAACAAAUCCAAGUAUCUCUUUGGAGAUGCGUAUAGGAGAAGAGUUUUCUUUAAGUAUGAAAAACGAAUAAGGUUGCGAAGUCCUCCUGAAAAGGUCUUUGAGUACUUUGCAUCUGUUAGAACACCUUCAGGAGAGACUUUUAUGACACCAGCUGACUUGAUGCGAGCCAUUGUUCCAGUUUUUCCUCCAUCUGAAUCAAAUCGUGUUAGGGAGGGAUAUUUGAGAGGGGAGCGGGUUCCUGGAGAGUUACAUUGUGCACCUUCAAAAUUUUUUAUGCUCUUUGACACAAACAAUGAUGGACUCAUUUCUUUUGCAGAGUACAUUUUUUUUGUUACACUACUCAGCAUCCCUGAGUCCAGCUUUACAGUGGCAUUUAAAAUGUUUGAUCUUGACAAUAACGGAGAAAUUGACAGGGAGGAAUUCAAGAAAGUGAUGGCCAUGUUGCAAUCUCAAAAUAGACAAGGAGCUCUGUCCAGGGAUAGUUGGCGACUUGGUCUCAAAGUUUCUGUAGAAAAUGGGGGGCUGUUGGAGUACUUUUUUGGCACAGAUGGCAAAGCAUGCUUACAACAUGGCAGAUUUGUUCAAUUCUUAAGGGACUUACAUGAUGAAAUCUUGCAGUUGGAGUUCUGCCACUAUGACUAUAGUUCACGAGGAACCAUAUCAGCCAAAGAUUUUGCCUUGUCCUUAGUUGCAUCAGCUGACAUUAACCACAUAAACAAGAUGCUUGAUCGGGUUGAUGAAUUGGAGAAUGAGCUGCAUCUUAGAGACAUUAGAAUUACAUUUGAAGAAUUUAAAGCUUUCGCAGAACUGCGUAAAGAGUUGCAGCCCCUCUCUGUGGCCAUUUUCAGUUAUGGAAAAGUAAAUGGCUCGUUGACGAAAAAAGAUUUCCAGAGAGCUGCAUCCCAAGUAUGCGGCAUCUCUAUUACAGAUAAUGUGGUUGACAUAAUAUUCCAUGUGUUUGACUCAAAUCGUGAUGGGAAUUUAAGCUCAAAUGAGUUUGUAAGAGUUUUACAAAGAAGGGAAACUGACAAUCGGUGCUCUGGCUCCGAGGGAUUGUUGUCUUGCUGGAUGAACUGUACAACCAAUUGUUCUUCUACAAAGAUGCUCCGUUAAUUUGUUGAAUGCAAGAAGAACCCUUUGUAAAUGUUAAUAUGUAGGGCACUGAUAACGUUGAAGACCAAGAAACUAUCGUACAGCUGGGGAUCUUGUAUAUCCUCUCCUUUGUUUCUUGCUCAGCCAAAAAAUAGGCUGGGGAUCAUGUACAGAUUUUUUUUUU